UGCCUGUUUAGACUGCAGCUGCUCUGUCGCUGCCCCCUGCUGGCGCCUUCAACUCUGCUCAGCUUUCCAGGACAUACCAUGUGAGGUGGACAUUGAUCUGCUUUGCUGGGGUAGUGGGGAGCUUGGUCAGACUGGAUGUGGAAGGCCAGAGGACAUCGCUCCACAGGAGGCCCACCUGAGAGAGUUCACCUCGGAUCGGCUGGGCACGGUGAAGCUGCUGGCUUGUGGAUCCAGUCAUUCCAUUGUGGUUACAGUGGACAACAAGAUAUUUGCAUGGGGAAAUGGCACCAGUGGACAGCUUGGAGACGGGGAGAGAGAAGUUAAGGACCAUCCAGUUGAGGUUAAAUUGCCACGGGAACUACAAGUAACAGGAAGUGGCACUGGUGUGAAUGUUGUCGAUGUCGUUGGUGUGGCCUGUGGAAGCAGACACUCUUUCAUAUGGACCCAAACUGGACAAGCCUACAGUUUCGGGAACAACUUUUAUGCCCAGCUAGGCUAUGACUUCCAGAGGGCCGACUUCAAAGAGCACCAGCUGGCACCUCGUUUGUUCCAGAGUCUUCCAUCAUCUCUGAAAAUAUCUCAAGUGGCCUGCGGAGAGCGACAUACUCUGUUUGCGCUGGAGGACGGAAGCGUGGCGGCAUGUGGGCAGAAUGAUUAUGGACAAGUUGGCAGCGGUCCUAAUGAAAAUGUGGUCAUCCCUCGCUUUGUGGAGUGUGUGGGCCGCGUGUCGAAGGUCACCUGUGGUGCAAACCACAAUCUUGCACUCACAGCUGACAGCAGGUUGUUCCAGUGGGGCUGUGGACGUGCAUGUGGGAACAUGCAGAAAAACAUCCUGUCGCCAGAGGAAGUGACGCUACCGAGCUCGCCAGUGAGAGCAAUUGCUGCAGGAUGUUGGCAUAGCAUGCUCCUUACAGAUGGUGGGAAUGUCUUCUCCUGGGGGAUGGGGCAAGAGGGACAGCUUGGACUCGGCGAGGACAGGAUUCACAUCUCUGCUCCUCAUCUUCUCAACUAUUCUCAGCUCGCUGGAGUCACACAGAUACGAGCAGGGGACAUCUACAGUGCAGCUGUCACAGCAGGUGGAGAGUUGCUUCUCUGGGGACAGAUCCCCAGUGUGUCCCUGGUCACUGACCAUCCAGGCCUCAGAAGACUUUGGACCCCCCAGUCUGUUUCAUUGGCAGGCAGAAAGGUGUGUGAUGUCGCCUGUGGGACCUGGCACAUGAUGACCCUCACCACACGGAGCGGGGAGAGGAACAGAGGAUGCGAUCACCCACAACGUGAAGCUCUCUUCAGAGACGUUGACAGGAAUCCCACACCGACGGAGCACGCAGAGAAAGAAAACACAGCGCAAGACUUUAAGCACAGGAUUCAGGUUCUGCAGAGACCACAAGAUCCCGAGGAAGAGGAGAAAGAUGAAGAACGCGGAAAAAAACCAAACCAUGAUGAAGGCAAUGGAGCGUUACCUGAUUCAGCAUUCGCUGGAGCCAGGUCUGCAACAGGGAUAGACAGGAGAGGAAAUGGCCGCUCAUCAAUCAAAUCCGACCAGGGGACAGAGAGGGAGGGUUGCAGAACAGAGGGGCCGCUGGAGCUGAGGAAAGAACCACGCAGAAGCAGAACAAGCAGAGAAACAGUCUUCACCACUUUGCAUCUUUUACCGAAGACAGCAGGAGAACAAUGCAGGCCAAUAGCCAGCUCCUUGCCGAGGCUGCUGACCAAACAACAAGCUCAAAGCAGAGUUUUAGCCGAGGCUCAAAAAGAGAGAUCUACACAUUUGACUGAACUGCUCCAAAAAUCUGGAAGUGAUAGCAGCAUUUUGCAGAGUCCCAAGCUGAGACUAAAACCCAGACCUCCUGGGAGAUGUUCAGGUCCUGGGGCUCAGAGAGUGGCCUCCUGUCACCACUCAACAACAAGACUACACACUGGCCUGGAGUCUCCGAUUUACAAUUCUUCUCCCUGUCUGACCCCUGGACAACAGAUUCAGACGUCCCCCUCCUUCCACCAGAGACCACAAGCCGAAGCCUCUCUUUCUCCUACUCGUUCUUCUUCUGAAGCGACCAGGUACUGUCCAACACACAGGAGAGCGGUUUCCUCCCCUGGCGCUCCUUGGAAGAAACUAUAAAAAACCAACAGACCCAGUUCUGUCCACCAGUGGAGCCGAGAAUAUUUAUUUCAUGCUUUAAUGUUUUAAACAUGUGUAUUUACCCUUUUAUGUCAGGUUAUGUGAGCUACUUGAAAUCAAAAUAUGUUUAUUGUAUAACCCCCUGGAUAAUACACAGCCCCGGCUAUGAGAGAGAGAAUGUGCACUCUAUUAUCUACUUGAUAAUGCUUUUCUAGAGGCCACAUACAAAGCUAAAUACUUUUGGCUCCAAGAUGACGGGGAAACAGCUUCAUUUGCUCCGCAUGAUUUCUCCAAAACUGACUUCAGAUCAGUAUUAAAGGGCUCCACUUUACCCCAAACUGUGAUUUGGCAAAUGUGCUCUUCUUUCAAACCAUCUCAGUCAAUGACUCUCAUGAACCUUGACCUCAUCUCAAAGCAUUAGGCUUUGGUCUUUGCAGUGAAAGCUGCGUGCAGGAGUUUCAGAGUCCUUGAACAUUUUAACAGAACUUGAGAGGGUUGAGUUGUUUUUUUCCACCAUGAAUACUAGCAAGCCACAUUGAUUUUAAUACUUACAGUAUGUUGUUUAUUAAAGACAUAACGCCCUC